AUGACAAACACUUCCACCAGCCCAACCACGACACCGAGCAACCAGGACUGCUCCAACCACAACAUCACAUUCAAAAACACCCUGUAUGCCACCACCUACACCCUCAUCUUCAUCCCUGGCCUCCUGGCCAACAGUGCUGCCCUGUGGGUCCUGUGUCGCUUCAUCAGCAAGAGGAACAAAGCUGUGAUCUUCAUGAUCAACUUGGCCGUGGCUGACCUGGCUCACGUCCUCUCGCUGCCACUGCGAAUAUACUACUACAUUAGCUCCACGUGGCCUUUUGGAAGUGGCCCUUGCUUAGUCUGCUUCUACCUCAAGUACCUCAACAUGUAUGCCAGCAUCUGCUUCCUCACCUGCAUCAGCAUCCAGCGCUACUUCUUCCUGUACCAGCCCUUCAAGGCCAAGGACUGGAAGAGACGCUACGACGUGGCCAUCAGCAUGGCCAUCUGGCUCGUGGUGGGGGUGGCCUGCUUGCCCUUCCCCAUCAUGAGGAGCAAGGGCAUGGCUGAGCACAACAGCAGCUGCUUUGCAGACCUCCAGGUGAGGGAGAUCACCAGCAAGGUGGCCACGGUGCUGAUGAUGGGCACGGCGGAGCUGCUGGGGUUUGUUGGGCCUCUCACCAUCAUCUUGUUCUGUACUUGGAAGACAAAAGUCUCUCUUCAAGGUUUCCACAUAACACAGGAAAGCAGUGGUGAGAGGAGGAAAGCUCUCAAGAUGGUUACCAUGUGUGCCAUUGUGUUCUGUGUGUGUUUUGCACCCUAUCACAUCAACUUCUUCUUCUACAUGCUGGUGAAAGAGAAGGUCAUCAGUAAUUGCAUCCUCAGCACCAUCACGCUCUAUGCCCAACCCUUUUGCUUAAGUCUUGCAAGUCUGGACUGCUGCUUGGAUCCCAUCCUCUAUUUCUUCAUGACUUCAGAGUUCCAGGACCAGAUAUCCAGGCACAGCAGCAUAGUCAUCAGGAGUCGCCUCAUGAGCAAAGAAAGUGCCUCAUCAUUUAAGGACUAA